GUCAUUUAUAUUGUCUCAUUCUAUUCAAUAAGAAUUAACGUUGUGAUAACGUGAAACACGAGAUGUUAUAGCGUCUGGAUUUCGCCAACCUUCAGACGUUGGGAUGAGUUAUUACCUGCUUAGUGUUACCACGUGGUUUCGUUCUGCUGCUGGAAAAUUUAUCUAGGAAAAAACGCCAUUUCAUGACGUGAAUGGGCAAGAUGCCGAGGUAUAUAAGCGGCGGCUGCUGACCAUUUCAAAGCACAGUUGGCAUCACUAGUCCUGUUUUGUCAUCUUGUAUUACACUAGCUACUACAUCACAAUGUUUAAGGUUAAUAUGAACUCGUUGAAAUGUUUUCUGCUGUUUGCCCUGGUGCUAAUCAAUGGCACUGACGCUGGAAGAAAAGGAGGAAGAGGUGGAGGAUACGGUGGUGGUAUGUCAGGAGGCUACGGUGGAAGCAGUGGAGGAGGCUACGGCGGAAGCAGCGGUGGAGGAGGAGGUUACGGCGGAAGCAGUGGAGGCGGAGUCAGUUAUGGAGGUUCGGCUCCUCGUCCCAUGGCUUAUUCCCCUCCUGUACAACAACACGCUCCAGCUCCAAGACCGGCUCCUGCUCCUUCUCACGGAGGCUAUGGGGCAGGAUCCACUGGAAGUGCUCCAAUUCAUAUUCAUAUUCACGCCCCUGCUCCCGCUCCUGCUAUUGCACCUCACCGUCCGGCCCCUGCUGCACCCCGUCGACCGGCCCCUGCUGCACCCCAUCGACCUGCUCCAAUGGCCUCUUAUGGCGGAGGUCAAGGAGGCCAAGCUGGGUACGGAGGAUCAUCAGGUGGUCAUGCUCCUUCAAUGGCCCAGUCCCAUCAACCAGCCCCAGCACAGUCAUACCAAUCAGCUCCUGCACCAAUGUCGCAUCAGCCAGCCCCAAUGGCUCAAUCCUAUCAAUCAGCCCCAAUGGCCUCUCACCAACAAGCUCCUGUUCCAAUGCCCCACCAAUCGGCCCCAAUGUCAUCUUACGGUGGUGGUCAUAAUACAGCUCCAUCCGCUCCAUCCUAUCAAUCAGCUCCUGCCCCAGUGUCCCAUCAGCCAGCCCCAAUGGCUCAUCAGCCUUUCCCAACGUCGUCUUAUGGUGGUGGUAAUACUAACCCAAUGUCUCAAUCCUAUCAAUCAGCCCCUGCUUCAAUGCCCCAACAACCGGCCCCAAUGCCAUCUUACGGUGGUGGUCCAUCAGCUCCAUCCUAUCAAUCAGCCCCAAUGGCCUCUCACCAACAAGCUCCUCCUCCAAUGCCCCAUCAACCAGCCCCAAUGGCAUCGUAUGGUGGUGGCGACGGUCAUGCUGCCCCAAUGGCCCAUCCUCAGCCAUCAGCCCCAGCUGAGUCUUACGGCGCUUCUUCCCAGUCAGGAGGAGGGUAUUAGUUUCCCAGUUAAGCAGUUUAAUGUAUUUGACCCUUUUAAAACUUGCCACUAUCUGCACCAAAAUCAUACAUUGUCCCAUACUUCAAUUUCCAAUUUGACAAAAUGCGAUCGUUGUACAAUAUUUGAUUGAUUGCACGAGAAUGGGCACAGUAAAUUAUUCUUUUCCUCAA